GCCACGUGACUGACCUGAGGCUCCUGUUGUGUGUAAAUGCUGCUCUGAGAGAGGAAACGAAACUGAUGCUUACCAUUCAGGGAAAACCAAACUGAGCCUCUGAGAGACAGUGUGCUCCACACAGCUGAGAGCCUCCGAGAUCCACGAGCACAAUGGCAGUUUCCAAAAGUGAGCUCACAGGACAAUUAAAGAAGUACAAGACCUGGCUGCUUUCGCCUAAACUGUUGGGAUGUUUGGUGGUUGUGGCAGCUUUUGGGAUUCAGAUUUUUAAGCAACAGAGCAGCUCUUCGAGUGAGCAAGUACAAGAAUUCAGUGAUGAGCUUCGGAUCCUGCUAAUCGGAAAGACAGGUGUGGGCAAGAGCGCAACAGGAAACACCAUUCUUGGAAAAAAGGCUUUUAAAUCUGAGAUCUCCUCUUCAUCUGUAACCACAUGGUGCGACAAAGCCCAUGGAAGUGUACAUGGCAGAAAAGUGUCUGUUAUUGACUCUCCAGGCCUGUUUGACACUCACUUAACUGCAGAAGAGGUGGUCAAUCGGAUUAAGCUGUGCAUUCCAUUCUCUGCUCCAGGACCUCAUGUCUUUUUAGUUGUGAUUCAGAUAGGUAGGUUUACAGAGGAAGAAGAACAAACAGUUAAGAUAUUUCAAGCAAUUUUUGGGGAAAAGUCAUCCAGUUACACUAUGGCUCUCUUCACUCAUGGAGAUCAACUGAAGGGGAAAAAUAUUCAUCAAUUUGUACGCAACAACACAAAGCUUUUGAGUUUCAUCAGGAAAUGCAAUGGUGGAUACCAUGUGUUCAAUAAUGAAGAUCAGAAUCCAGAACAAGUCAUCCAGCUCCUGGACCAGAUUGAUAAGAUGGUCACUGUAAAUGGUGGAGAACAUUACACUACAGAGAUGCUUCAGGAGGCCGAGAGAGCGAUAGAAGAAGAGAAACAGCGGAUCCUGAAAGAAAACGAAGCACAGAGACAGAAGGAGAUAGACGUGCUUAGGGUGAUGUUUGAAGGAGAAGACUUUACGAGAGAGAAAAAGAAGAAAACUGAGCAACAUGAAGAGGAAGCAAGAGAAAAGGCUGAAAAACGUUACUCUUAUUUUGAAAACUUUUUUCAGAUUUUAAUUGACAUUAUAUUGCGAUUUUUAGGGAUCAGACCACCAGCCCACAUUUCAAAUUUCCACUUUAGUAAUUUCCAUGGCAGUUUAAAAUAAUUACCCACUAAAGUUUCUACACUAGUGAUUUUAAAAUCACUCCAGAAUCAGUACCUGACCAGAAUAACAUCAUCACAAAUAGGUCUGAGUUCUUAAAACCCCCUUUAUAGUGAUAUGCACUUCCACAAGGGGCUAUUUGCUUUUAUAAAAUGGUGCCAAAAAUUUAAAUUAUUAUUAGUAAUAUUUGUUAUAAACAAUUCUUCCACCAUUCAAUGUGGCCAUGUCAACCAGGCGUUACUGUCAACCCUCUCAACAGAUAUAAUGUUAGGAGUAUAAGUAAAAAAUAAGCUUUGCUUUCUAAGCAACAGGAAGAUUAGAAUUCUACAGACAGAAUAAUGGCUUAAAUAUAACAGUUUUAUUGUUUAAAACCUGGUGCAUUAAUACAAAAUUCAAUUAUUGUGAUGCAUUCACAGGUGUGAGUAUAUCAAGGAUUUAACAAAAUGGAUCUGUUGUAGAAAAUUCAUAUUUACACAUGAGGCUGAUGCUUUUAUCUAAAGCAACUGACUGAUGGGAUACAACUGAGCAGAUGAGUACUAAGCACCUCAGUUCACUUUGUUGGUGCUGGAAUUUAAACACACAACCUCACUCCCUGACUUCUCUACCUACCUGUUGUAAUGGGCAGAUUUGAACCUACCUAGAACCUGCCUCAUUUAUGAGUGCUUCUUUAAGGACUUGUCUGGUUUCCUGGCCAUUUUCCUUUAAGGUUUCUCAAGGUCCUUCACCUCAAGGACUCUAUCAUUUAUGUUCUUCUUCCCCACUUUCUUAAGAUUAAGUAUCUAUGUUGUACUGACUUGCUUAGUCUUGUAUCUUCUAUCAAGGAGUUGUAUUUUUGUCAUUAAAGUUCCUACAUUUGCCUCA